AUGAGUCUUGGGGUGGGAAGAGUAGAGCGGUGUGAUGCGGCGUGGGGUGCAGUGAAGGAGCGUGGCACGGGGGCGGGCGUGGCGACGUCGCGCGACGCGAGCGACCUGCUUCGAUCUGCGCUGACUACUGCACGCGCACCGCCGCGCCCGCCCGCCGCCGCCGCCUCGCCCCUCCCCGCUGGCGGCAGCUGCGAGAGGCUGCGGCGGUUUGGAGGGGUUGGGGGGUCACUGCGCUCGCAUGACGACGCGACGCGGGGCGGCGCCCUCCAUCACGUUUGCAAGAGUGAAACAUAAUGGAAAGAAGAAAUUCAGAAUCUGAUAGUGGAGAGAUAGAGGAGAGGUUGUUUGCACCAGAGCCUCCAAAACAGGACUCUGUGAAAGUGCUUGCAGUGUUUCUUCUAUACAGUAUGGCAAUGUUUAGUGUUCCUUUUGCUGCUUUCUUCGGAACCAAGUAUACUCUUAAACAUUCAUUUCAUAUAGAAGGAUUUGCAAAUACUGCGUGGUCAGUAGUUGUUGCAGUUGUAGUUAUUAAUGUAAUUAUCCUAAUGUAUGCAUGCAGAGGAUAUGAAGAAAUAAAAGAAGAAGAAAGACAACAAGAAAUAAGUACAACAAUGACUGAUAAAAGAGAUAAAAGUGAUCUGAAUUCAAAGAAGAAAGAUUGAAGAUACAUUGCUAAUUGCUGUAGGUGUAAUUAUUUUACGAAAUGUACAUUUUCACUUUUAAAUCAACAUUUGUUAAGAUCUAAAUAAAUCCGGUAGUUUGGUGACGGUAGCUGAAAAAGAUAACAAUGCUUUGUAUGUUUUUUUGAACACUCUGAAGGACUGUCAUAAAGUUGUUUGUUGUUUUCUGUUGAGAUAAUUUUAGAACCUGGUCUAAUUAAUUUGUAAUAUAUUAGAAUGAUAUCAAUUGUAUAUAUUUUUUCAAAUUUCUAGGAUUUGUAAAAUUAAAAUAAACAAUGCUGUAAUGUGCAUAUUUAGCAGAUUUGAGUAUUCACUUGACAAAUAUAAAACAAAUUAUAUAGUGAUCAGUAUUAACAUAGAUUUUUUAUUUUAUACCUCUUAAGUUUUGUCCAAAGAAGAUCAAAAACUCAAAGAAAGACAAAAUGGUAUCAUGUGGAGUGUCAUAUGUUUAGUUACAGAGAAAUCGGUAGAACUUCAAACAUUGUUAAUACUUCAGAAACAGCAAUGGUUCUAAUACUGAUAUGUGUCACUUCUGUGGAGG